AAUAAUAUUGUUCCUGCUCUUUGGAUUAUUGGUAUUGAAGUCAGAUACUUUGACCUGCAUGGCAAUAGAAUUACGCUUGGAAGGAUUGUUGAAGUAAGUGAAUCAUGGAUGACCUUGACUGGACUUCGGACGGGAGUGUCUACUCUGAUGCACUCCCACCACUUCCACCUUUAGUAAUAUGGACCAGUAGAAGGUCAACUACGUGUCCUCCACCGCCGAAAACACCAACUUCUGGUACACCGUAUACAGGUCAACACCACCUAUACGCCGUUAGUAGAAAUGAAGUAGCGACCUCAGAAGCCUCCUUUGCCUAUUAUGCAAUUCAGCAUACCUCAUUCAGUCCUUGGAACAUACCAUCAGUUACCAACAAUUUGCCGCUAGAUCAUCCUUCGUCGGACCGGACAGACAGUGUCAGAGACCGUCGACCAGAGUGCCAAAGGAAGGAAGAUACAAACUCUACUGAGCUUUUAGCAACAGCUGUCGUAAAUCCAUGUUCGAUUCGAAUGACAUCGGCGACGGAAAUUGAACAAAGAUCGCGAGACAGCAAUAACCAAACUGUGAACUAUCCAGUCUCAGUUUUAGAUCACUACACAGGAUACGGGCACGUAGAGUAUGACUCAGAAGAAGACAAUUACUCAAGCACGUCCUCCGAAGUAGAUCUUCAAAAUAUCGGGCAUGUUCCAAUAUCUCACCGGCUGCCUAGCGUAUCUGUGGAAGGCAAACAUCAUGAUCAUCAAAAGCUCAAGAAACAGCAUACAUCGGAGACGUAUACCGAUAAAGACACUCAACUUCUAGCUGACUUGCCUCAAGAACACACGUCGCUCAGCAAGGAAACCGGGGUGUCACUUGGUCUCCAGAAUUAUAUACCUGAUCGUGCACAUUCGCAAACCGGAGAACAGCCGCAUAAAUGUAAGUUUUGCAAAAAAUCAUUUUCCACUCAAUCGAGUCCAACAUCUCGUGAAUGUGUACAGCCAGAAAAGAAAACUUUCAAAUGUAAAGUGUGUGAUAAAACCUUCAGUACGCGAUCUCAUCUUGUUUGUCAUGGACGAGUUCACUCAGGAGAGAAACCGUUUACGUGUAAGUACUGCGCUAAAUCAUUCAGUGCGAAAUCGAGCUGUACUGUUCACGAACGCAUCCAUACCAGGGAGAAGCCAUACAAGUGCAACGAAUGUAAAAAGGCAUUCAGACAACCAUCACAUCUCACAGACCAUGAACGCAUCCAUACUGGAGAGAAGCCUUUUAAGUGUAAAGAAUGCAAAAUGGCAUUCAGACGACAAUCAUAUCUCACAGAUCAUCAACGCGUCCACACUGGAGAGAAUCCAUUCAUGUGUAAAGUAUGUGGAAAGCCUUUCUCUCAUAAAUCCAGUUUAACAAGACAUGAAAGAAUCCAUCUCUGAGAGAAACGGAUGUCACAAGUCUUUUAAUUAAAAAACACACCCUUAGAAGACCAUGUAAACACUAAAACCAAGUCUUCUUGUCAUGGUAAUGGAAAAAAGUCAUUAUUAUGUCCAUUUUGACAUGCAACAUACCCAAUCUGAACUUCAUACAAAAGUCUCCUGCUGACUUCCACAUUUGUCCCAUAACAUUCCAUAUCAUUAUCAUUGUUUUAGACUUGAUUUACUGUACACUUUCUAACCCUGUUGCUCAAUGCACUUUUCACACGUAUUUCCAUAUAUACCAUUUUAUAAAGAAAACUCGGUUGCACUGAGCAUGUGGCUCAUUUUUGAGACAAUCAGUACUUUCUGUACGAUCCUUAUUCUUCUACACACUUGCCUGGUGUAGAUACUUUCCCUAAAAGCGCUGUACUGUUUUGAAGUUCGUACAUGGUGUUACAUAUUUGAGAUAUUUUGUUCGUGUAUGUCCCUCUGGUCCCAUUUGUACCGUUUUGUAGUCCUAUUCCAGUUCUUGUCAAAACUCUGAACAGCUUCGAAAAAAAUGUCAAUGUUCAUGUGUUUGAGGAAGAUGUGUACAUGACCAGGACUCGAACCUGCAUACAUCACUGCAUACAUCACAAGGCAUUAAAGC